UCAGGCACACUCAGGCCCUGGGAAGCACCAGCACCGGAAUCCAGGAAGCAGCAAACCUAAGUGCAGACUCCUGGAGGGGGGCGCCCCGGCUGAGGUCAGGGGAGGUGCCGGGGGAGGUGCCGAGAGGCUCAGGGCGGCAACGCGGUACCGCAUUUACUGAGCGGCUACCGAUGUGCUGGCGCUGGGGAUAAGGACCCGCAAAGUACAGGAAGGUCGCUUCAUGCACUCUUCUCUCAGCUUCCCCAGGGAUGUGGCUGGAGAAGGAACCUUGUCCUUCUGCAGCCAAGACCAGUCUGGCCCACCCUGGCCACCCAGAGCCUGUUCCGGGGACACGGUUGUAGAGGGUGGGGAGUGCUGUGCCUCUAGGACAGGUCUGAGCCACUGCGGUUCCUCCUGGCAGGCGCCUAGCCUGUGGCCUGCGGUCAGAAAGGCUGGGUAAGGACCCGGCAGGGCUGGGUGUGUCCGACCGGCAGGCGCGGGAAAGGGGGAGAGGAUAGAGGAAAUCAGGGCACAACGAGGAGGAGGAGGGCCCGGCCAGGAAGUGGACCCGCCGGUGUUCCCAGACCACCCCUGCCAGCCGUGCCCACCCUGCUUGCUGGGCGUCGGCCCUAGGAGGGGGCGCCGACAACUGCGACCCACACGCGGGCCCUUCACCGCGCAGCUUUCAGGGACUUCCCCGCCACCGAGGAGGCCCAGCCUUUGAACCGGCUUGAGCCACACCCCGCAAGCAAGAUGGCGUCAGAGAGCCCGGCCCCUUCCCCGAGCCCAUGAGGGGCGAGGCCCCUUGAGGCCCGAAGAUGGGGAACGUCACUGAGAACUCGUCGCUGAGCUGUCCCAUCGACCACACCAUCCACCAGACUCUGGCCCCGGUGGUCUACGUGGCGGUGCUGGUGGUGGGCUUCCCGGCCAACUGCCUGUCCCUCUACUUCGGCUACCUGCAGAUCAAGGCCCGGAACGAGCUGGGCGUGUACCUGUGCAACCUGACGGUGGCCGACCUCUUCUACAUCUGCUCGCUCCCCUUCUGGCUGCAGUACGUGCUGCAGCACGACAACUGGUCGCACGGAGACCUGUCCUGCCAGCUGUGCGGCAUCCUCCUCUACGAGAACAUCUACAUCAGCGUGGGCUUCCUGUGCUGCAUCUCCAUCGACCGCUACCUGGCCGUGGCCCACCCCUUCCGCUUCCACCAGUUCCGCACCCUGAAGGCGGCCGUGGGCGUCAGCGCGCUCAUCUGGGCCAAGGAGCUGCUGACCAGCGUCUACUUCCUCAGGCACCAGGAGGUGGUGGAGGACGACAAGCGGCACCGCGUCUGCUUCGAGCACUACCCGCUGGAGCCGUGGCAGCGCGGCAUCAACUACUACCGCUUCCUGGUGGGCUUCCUCUUCCCGCUGUGCCUGCUGCUGGCCUCCUACCAGGGCAUCCUGCGGGCCGUGCGCCGCAGCCACGGCACCCAGAAGAGCCGCAAGGACCAGAUCCAGCGGCUCGUGUUCAGCACGGUGGUCAUCUUCCUGGCCUGCUUCCUGCCCUACCACACCCUGCUGCUGGUGCGCAGCCUCUGGGAGGCCAGCUGCCAGUUCGCCAGGGCCGUCUUCAACGCCUACCACUUCGCCCUGCUCCUCACCAGCUUCAACUGCGUGGCCGACCCCGUGCUGUACUGCUUCGUCAGCGAGUCCACCCACAGGGACCUGGGCCGCCUGCGCGGGGCCUGCCUGGCCUUCCUCACCUGCGCCAGGACCGGCCGGGCCAGGGAGGCCUACCCGUCGGGCACCCCCGACGCCUCGGGGAAGAGCGAUGAGCCCGAGUUGCUGACCAGGCUCCACUCGACCUUCCAGACCCCGAACUCGCCUGGAGCGGGCGGGACCCCCGUGGGCGGCUUGGCCUAGCCAGGGUCCCGCCGUGUGGGGCCAAGUGAGGCCUGAGCUUGCCCGCUGCCUGCCGCCCGCGUGGCCAAGCGCAGGUGGGAGCAAUGGGGGCCUGGGCCGCCGUGAGACCUCUCUGGUCCCGGGGGGGGGGGGGGGCCUCUCUGGUCCCGGGGGGCCUGCUCCAGCUUGCUGAGCCCAGUGGGGAUAAGCCCCCAUCAGCUGAUGGGAGUCGUCUGCGGCCGGCUUCUGGGGAGAGGAAGACAGUGAAUUGUCACCUCCAGGAAGUUCUCAAAGACAGGCUGGAGGCGGGGAGGGUGCAGAGCGUGAGGGGUGGGGAUUGGGAGAUGAGGGUGGGGAUCUGGGUUCACGCCUGCCAGGACCUUCCAGGGCCGUUGUCACCGAUGACACCUGUCCAAAUGCACGGGUGUUUCCUGAGGACAUGACACGCGAAGCUGUAUUGUCAUCAUUAACACUUGAGCCCCACCCCACAAAGGGGUCGGAAGGGAGAUGACCUCCCUGGAGGCUGGAGGGGAGAAGGGAGGUGGGGAGGCGGUCAGGCACUGGGAGCAUGUGGUGGGGGGACAGUGAAGGGCAUGUCUCACUUUCACAGGAAAGGUGAGUGGAUUCUACAAGCCCCAGGGCUGAUGGAAGACAAAUCCCGGGGCUCCCUGGGGCCAUAUCUGUGGCCCUUUUAAACAGCCAGUCCUGAAGCGCAGGGCCAGGACAGAGGCCUAAAGCCAGUGUGUCUAACCGAGUUCCCAACACACAGAGUUCUAAUUAUUUUUCUGAUUCCAUUUGCCCAGAAGCACCAGAGGCAGAUGCCAGGAACCCUGUGUGUGUGUGUGUGUGUGUGUGUGUGUGUGCGUGUGCGUGCAAGCAUGCAUGUGUUCACCGUUAAAAUGCCAGGGUCUCCAUGACAGCUCUGUGCCAAGACACUGAGGCCAAGGUUAUAUGACUACUGGCAGAGUUGUCUCCCCUCCCCCCAGUCCCCACCUCAGCCCCCUGCCACACGCCCUGUGGAGUGUCUUAGCAGUCUCAGAGAGGACCCUGACAUUCUCUCCGAGUUCUCAGAUACGACAAAACAAAACGGAGACUCAUUCUCUGGCAUCUCUCAGCCCAAAGGCCUGGGGUUAAGCUCCAUAGUGGUUUAAAUAGCCCCUGGGACAAGAAGAGGAGGUGGCCCCGGGCUCGCCCUGCCUCUUUUGUUCUCCAGCACUGCUCGUCUGCCAGACGUCUCACCUCACCACCUGGAGAGUGAUAGUGGGUCUGUAGGGCCAUAUGUAGACCAGGGUACUGCCCACCAUCUUCUGUUCUGUCCUGGGAAGCUCAGUACCAGUCUCCUCUCUCCUGCAAUUUUGUGCCCGACCAUGUUGAGCCUCCACCUUGCUGAACAUACCAAGGACCAGAAGAACUUCUUACUGCUCCAAGGAUCUGCCCACCUUUACAGAAAUGCUAGUCCUUCAGAUUUCCUGGGCAGUGGGCUGGGGCCAACUCUGACUUCCUUUGGAGUUCUGGGAUUCAAGCUCCUCAUUGCCAAGGGGCUAGGUGGACUCAAGCCUGGGGAGGGACCAGGGGCAGGGAGACACAAGGUGGCAUCCAUAGAACAUUUAUGGAAUCUGCUAAAAGGAGAGCCAAGGAGAACAUCCUCCAGAUCUCUCUGACUCUCCUCCCAUCCCUUUCCAAGGGGUGGAUUUACCCUGAGUUGCUUACUCUCCAAUCAGGGGUGCCCAGAGGCAGAUACCCCAGGUUGGAUGUGUCCCAGGGAAGUGGCUUUGGCUUUGACUGGAUAGCUCUACUCUAGCUCCUAUGGAAGGUCUCCCAUAACCUGGGGAGCUUCUCUUCCCCUUCUUGGAGGAGGCAGUGACCAGAUCUGAAAGUGGCAGAAAGGCCACACUGCCAAGAAAAGUCCACCCGGCCCCAGCCCAGAAUCUUACUGGGGCAAUGGAACUGGUUGAGAUCUCCAUGCCUCCUCAUGCCAAAUUUCCCCCUAUUUUGACCUUAAACAUGGGUGUUCCCACUAGGAGGAUGGACGGGGAUGAGCUGAGGGUGGUUCCUUUUACUAUCAAGAGUUGUAUUUUUGUACGGUCCUCCCUUUUAUGCCAAGUAUGUGUGUGCCGAACUGUGCAAUGGAUUUACGUAGCAAACUUGAGUCUGCAAAUAAAGCAAAGUAAAAAGCCACA